AUGGCUCCUCAGGCAACCUCCGUCUCUCUGCUGAGAGCAGCAUCUUUCCGCAUCUCGAAUGCAACCAAAGCUGAGCUUCCUCAGGUCGCGGCUCUGACUGCCCAGUCUCUGCUCUCCUGCAAGGACAUCUUCGCCCAACCUGAUCUGGCCAACCAAAAGGACUCGGAUGCCGCUCUCGCUCUUCAUCGAUUCAACACCCAGAUCACCUCGUUGCUUGGAGACCGCCAUGUCGAAGGUCGUUGGGCUGCUGUUGUUCUUAUCAAAGCUGCCAUCGAGGCUGGUGGAUGGGAAACUCUCAAAAAGUCCAUCGCUUGGGUGCGUGGUCUUUUGAUUCUGCUCAAGAAGCCCGACCCUCCUCUCUUGAGAAGUCUGACUAUCGUGACUCUGACCCGCAUCUUUAUGCUCACUUGGGAGUUCCCCACCCUGAUUAGAGAAAUCACCACUCCUUCCCUUCCAACAUUUGUAUCAACCUGUCUGAGCAACCUCGCUUCACGUCAGCCUACUCCUCAGGAAGUCAAGGCCACUCUGGAAUGCUUUGCCCAACUUCUGCCUCGCCAUCCCACAAUUUUCCGCCAACACCAGGACGCCGUUGCAAAGCUCUUGACUGUUGUCUUUGAGAACAAGGCUUCGGGUGACCACAUCAUGGACCUCGCUUCUCGCAUCUCUGUCCUGCUUCACCAAUGUGAGCCCAAGAAUGGUGCCAGUGACAAGUGGGAAGCUACUCUUGUCGCCACCCUACACAGUGCCCAUGCUAUGGCCGACAGAACUUUCAUGAGCAUUGACGAAGACUGGCAAUCUGUGACUGGCACUAACUUCGUAAACAAAAAUAUCCUGUCCGAACUCUACUCCAAGGCUCAGGAAGCCAGGACCCCUGCAGAAGGCCCCGUUGGUCAGUUCGUCACUCCUGGCUACCAAGGACUGAUGAACCAUCUUCGCUUGCUUGUCGCCUACUUUGCAUCUGCUACCUCUGCCUCUGUUGUCGGCUCUGUCGGCGCUGUGGCAGAUCUGCUGACUAGAUUGAUGUCCAACACCAUCUCUACCAGUUCGACCAGAAGCACUAUCCGCUUCAAGCGCGAUGCAGCCAGGGAGGAGCGUGAUGCUUUGACUGAAGUCCUCCCUCAGAUUCAAGUUGCAUGUUUGGAAGUUUUGUCCAUCAUCUUGGACCGCUACGGAAACGCUCUCACUCCAGCUUUACAGCCUUUCCUCGACCAGAUCAUGUGGAUUUUCCAUGCCUCGUCUGCCAAUGUCGAGGUCAGGACUGCCACCUAUAUUGUUGGCAAGAAGGUUUUGGAUCUAUCAGGCCAAUCCCUCAACAAGGAAGCCAUCGGCGCCCUGAAGAAGUACAUCACUGCAUGUUGUGAGGACGUACUACCCACUAUCGAGGAAAAGGAUCCUCAGAACAGCAAUGGCAACAAGCAACAAUCUACCAUGAACGCCGACACUUUCCUCAAGCAAGCCUCCACCAAGCCCUCAGCGAAGACGGAACUCGUAGGUCUGAAGUCCGCAGCAUGGGAUCUGCUUCCCACUCUUCUUGGUCAGCUUCCUGCAGAACACUGUUCAAUCGCUCUGCGCGCAACUAUGGAUCGCACAGCAGUCCUUGCCCGUCACAAGGAUGCAGUCAUGGCAAGCACGCUCAACCACACAAGCACAGCAAAGGCCGCGCGUAAAGGCAACAGUUUACUUCCCCUUCUUGCCCGCGAAUACCCCACCGAUGCUGAAGUAGAAGUCCUUCUCCGACCUAGGAUGCCCAUCCUACAGACUGGACGCAAAGCCACUGAAGCAGAGACCGAAGCCGAUGCCAUGGACGAAGAUGAAGAUUCGGCCUCCGACAACGAAGAAGAACAGACUCCAGCAGAAGCAAUCCUCGAAGUUCCUGAAGAUGCCGCUGGCUCAUCAGCAGGUGCCUCAAGCAACAAGGAUGUAGCAUCCAAAGAGCAAGAACUCGUAAACUGGGCAUUGAAUGAAUACGUCCAAGAAGGACUAGGCCAACAGCCCAUCGAUGAAACCUCAGGCGGUGCAACCAAGGACAGUGAAGGUGAGGCUAUGGCAGACACACACGAAGCACAGAGAGCCAAGAGACAACGUGAGGAUGACGAGCCCAAAGCGGUGGAUAAGAGACAAAAGUCCAUCGAACCUCAAGCUACUGCUGAAGACAGCGAUGACGAUGAAUUUGUAGUCCCAGAGAUUGUUAUGGGUGAUAGCGAUGAGGAGGACGAAUAG